GGGAACCAUGGAGGACCCGAUGAGAACCGUGGAGAACCCCAAAACUGCAGAGAACCCAAUGGGAACCGAGGAGAACCCCAAAAAUCGGGAGAACCCAAAGGGAACCAAGGAGAACCUGGCAGGAACCAUGAAGACCCCAAAGCCCACCAAGAUCCCAAUGGAGACCCCAAAACCCCCAGAGCCCCCAACAGAGACCCCAAAACCCAUAGAUACCCCAGCGGAGACCCCAAAACCUACUGGGGUCCCAAUGGAGACCCCAGAACCCACAACAGAGACCCCAAAACCCAUAGAGAUCCCAACAGAGACCCCAAAACCCACUGGGGUCCCAAUGGAGACCUCAAACCAUAUAGAGAUCCCAAUGGAGACCCCAAAGCCCAUAGAGAUCCCAACAGAGACCCCAAAACCUGCUGGGGUCCCAAUAGAGACCUCAAACCAUAUAGAAGUCCCAAUGGAGACCCCAAAACCCACAACAGAGACCCCAAACCCCACAGAGACCCCAAUGGAGACCCCAAAACCUACUGGGGUUCCAACGGAGACCCCAAACCCCAUAGAGGUCCCAAUGGAGACCCCAGAAUCCACUGGGGUCCCAAUGGAGAUCCCAAAACCCACAACAGAGACCCCCAAACCCAUAGAGAUCCCAACAGAGACCCCAAAACCCGCUGGGGUCCCAGUAGAGACCUCAAACCAUAUAGAGGUCCCAAUGGAGACCCCAAACCCCAUAGAAGUCCCAACAGAGACCCCAAACCCCAUAGAGACCCCAGCAGAGACCCCAAAACCUGCUGGGGUCCCAACGGAGACCCCAAACCCCAUAGAGGUCCCAAUGGAGACCCCAAACCCCAUAGAGAUGCCAACGGCGCCCUCAAAACCCACAACAGAGACCCCAAAACCCAUAGAGAUCCCAACAGAGCCCCCAAGACCCAGAACAGAGACCCCAAACGCCACAGAGAUGCCAAUGGAGACCCCAAAUCCCAUAGAGGUCCCAAUGGAGACCCCAAAACCCACAUCAGAGACCCCAAAACCCAUAGAGAUCCCAACAGGGACCCCAAAACCUUCUGGGGUCCCGAUGGAGACCCCAAGCCCCAUAGAGAUCCCAAUGGAGACCCCAAAACCCAUAGAGAUCCCAAUAGAGCCCCCAAAACCCGCUGGGGUCCCAACGGAGACCCCAAACCCCAUAGAGCCCCCAACCCCCCCCCUGGGGGUCCCGGUGCCCCCCCCGAGGUCGCGCCGCCGGAGCUGGGGGUCCCGCGCCCCCCCCCGCGCCCUCAGCCACCUGCGCGACGCCGACCUGGUGCGGAAACGGAGGGGGGAGCGCGGGGACCCCCCCGGCACCGGGACCCCCACGGUGAGAGCUGUGUUAUUGUAGGGUCUACAAUAAUUGGGGGGGGGUGUUGUUGUUGUA